GUUUUUCAAACACAAUUAUAUAUACGACGUUAUUUGGUUGCUAGCGAUGACCAGGCCGGGACACAGUUACGAUGAUAUAGAAAUGACCAAAAAUAUAUUUACGCUCAACACUAUCGUACAAAUGCAGAGUUGGCGUUGGAAUCCGAGUAACAUGGACAGUUUAGCGCAUCAGGUAAUUUUUUUUGAAAAUAAAUUGUGUAGGUUUGUCGAACUGAACGGAGUUUCGUCAAAAAUUACUGAGGAUAAUUGGCAAGAAAUGUCUAGCAUGAUGUACUUGGCAUUGGGAUGCAAAUGUGGCGAGACGAUUAGAGACAUAAUGAGUAGCUUGCUGACGAUAUUUUCAGAUCAUCAUUUUGGAUCUCUAGAACAGGACCUUAUUAAUAUCAACCGGGUGAUUUUGAAAACCCUAGCCGCCCUAUUAGAUUUUGCGGACAAAGCGCCAAACGUAUUGUCUCUCGGAUCAACUAUGUUAAUUAAAAUGUCGUUGAAAUUUAAUUUACACAUUAAUUUUAUGCUGAUGAGAAUCAAAGAAAAAUCAAUUUUAUUAGACUUUCAAUUAUUGUUAGAUUGCAAAAAGAUAAUAUUUCAAAUAAUCAAUUUAGUGGAACGUUUUAUAAUAUCGAAUUGUUUUGUCAAAGUAUUGAAACCGACCGAAAUGAAUAAUGUGGUGAACAAAACGAUACGGUUUGAUAGAGAACAAAUUUGUAAUAUUACCAGUAGGUUUGAAUAUUUACUGAACAAUUCGGGCUUAUCGACGACUCAUUAUUUUAAAUACAAUAUUAAUAACUGGUCAUGGCUGGAAAACCAAAACAAAUUGUAUGAAAGUUUGCUAAAUGAAACAAAUUCGAAAAAUGUAAUCGAAGAGGUAUCGAGUUAUUUAAAUACUAUACUCGGUAUCAACGCGUUCGAUCCAAAAUUAGCGGGUUUGGAUAAUAUGACGAAUAUAUUAUCGUAUCGAAAUAAGAUUUUCGAUUUAAUAACUUACAUCAUUUACCGCAAAACUAAUAAUUAUUUAGAAUGGAGUAAGAAGAAUAUACCACAGAUAACGGGACAAACGGGAAGUAAAUUUGAUUCUGAACAGAGUAUUUCACAAAAAAAAAUUAAGUACUUUGAUGAAUUUUAUAUUAAAGACAGGAAAUUAAUACGAAUUUACAAAGAACUCCGCAUAAAAUCGGAGCUUCAAAAUUUCCCGGUGAACAUUGUAAAUCACAUUUCCACGAUCGAAAUAAUAAUAACCGACGUAAUUCGGUUCGGGGAAUAUCAAAAUUUAAACUGUUUUGUGGAAAAAAUGGAACAUUUUUUCCGUGACGUUAAGAAAAGUGAAAUCUUCUCCCAGAAUAACUUGAGCGACUUUUUGAGUGAAGACCCUGUAUUUAUAAAAAAAAAAGACUAUGAAUUGCAUAAUUUCUUACAUGAAAUAUUAACAGAACGAUCUUUCGGGUAUUUCAAUCAAAUUUUUAACCUGCUACUGGCAAAUGAUUUCCCAGAGAACAAUGGAAUGUUUGCGAAACACAAUCACGAUUUAAAUAUAAUCGAUAUUGACACGAGUGUUAUUUCCGGACAAAUGAGUAAUGAUAAUAAUCAUAUAUUAUCGUUAUAUGCAAAGUGUUUAGAUGUUCAAUUGCAGAUAAGCAUAUAUUCAAUGACAGAGAACCGCUUUGAAGUUUUUCAAAAACGUUUUUCACUCAUUUCGAAGAUGUUAAACCAGAUAAUAAAAACCGAAAAAAUGAGGCAAGGCAACCGUUACAUACAUCUUUUAUAUUACGCGCGUGAUUAUUACACUUUGAAUAUAAUAACUUGGAUGAAUUGCAUAAAUGACAUUAACACGCCCGUCGAUAAGAUCAAUAGAAUUAUGUAUUACGUCACGAACUUGGUCGAUAAAUAUCAAAUAUAUAACUACGCUUCGCCAGAUUAUCGAGAUUCGGUAUACAUGGACUUUAUAAACGAUCCGGUGAAGAUGCAAAAUAAUUUAAAUGCAGACCCCAUUGAAAGUCAUGGCGAUUCCACUUACACAAUGUAUAAUCGAUUAGAUAAAGAUUCAGAUGAAUCGUUUCAUGAUAUCAAUGAAUUCAUACCUGACGACCCUAACGACGCUGAAGACAUAAAUUAAUAAAUAUAAUUUCAACAUUUAAAAAAAAAUAUAAACAAUUUAUAACGUUUUUAAUUUGGCCAUCCCUACAUAUUAUAUAAGUACUGUUACAUAAUAUCAAAUAAGAAUAUACGUUUAAAUUGUAAGAUUCUUAAUUAAGUUCAUAUUAAUAUCACGC